GUAAUAACUCCACUAUGCUUCUCUCUCUGUAAUUACUCUUUGAGAGCUUCUCUCUCUACAAUUACAUUUUAAGAGCUUCUCUUUCUAGAAUAUUGAGUAUUGCUAACUUGAGCAUCGGAGUUUUUCCCUGACGAAACAUCCUCGAGAUUUUCAGGUGUUGAAGCAGUUGAAGACCUCUAUAGCAUAGAGCUUGUAUCUUGUGAUUUUCUCGCCUUUUAUCUUUUGAGAAGAUGACAGAGCCUGUAAAGGAAGUAUCUUCUCCUGAUGGAACUGAAGAAUUGAAUCUCCAAGAGUCAGAGUUGUGCAUAAACAAGAAUCAGGAACAGCUUGAAAGUUCCAGAUCCAAAAGAGUUCGUACAUCAAAACAAGGUGGAAGUGGAGCUAAAGUUGAGGCUUCUUCCCAUCAACCAAACAAAAGAGGCCGGAAGCGUACACUGACACCUGCUGAAAGAAAAGCAAGAAAAAAUGCGGGUGAUAGAAAAGGUAGGAAUGAUCGAAAGAUUGAGCUGGGAGAUCUUAGGGCAAUGAUAUCUCUAUUUGAAGAUCUAAAAAAUAAAAAAGGACAAUUGGUAAGGGAGAACAAGAGACUUAAAUCUGAGAUUACUGUUAUGAUUCAGCAGAUGGAGACACAAAAAAAAUUAUAAGGAGAAUAAAUUGACGGACAUGGGCAUUCUGCUGGACCUGGAUUUUCUUAAUGGAAAGGCAUUGCAGAAGAAUAUGUUGAUGGACUUGGAGAUUUAGAUGACUACUGUUUUUGAUGGAGUGUGAUGGUUCUUAUUUGAUGCGCAUCUUUCAGUGUUUAUAUAUGGAUAUAAAUUAUCUGCAAUGUUUAUGGCAUUGCAGGAUUUGAUGUUUAUGCUUGAUGAUUUAUCUGAUGCGAAACUUCUUGAAGAGAUUGAUGCUCUAUUUCCUCUCCCACUUCCCAAAGGACCUGCAACAAACAAGCUAAUUACUCAGGGUACAGGAAAUUUACAAACUGAAGUAUUGGAGCCUGACAAGGAGCAAAUUCAGGCUGAGUUGGCGAAGAUUGAUAACAAAAUUCCUUCAGCAUGUUGCAAUGAAGAACUUGCAACAAACAAGCAUGAUACUGUAGGCAAGGGUACCACUGAGGGAGCCUUAAAGUUGAACAGUAAGGGGGAAGAUGAGCUAAAAGAGGUGCUGAAGGGAAAGCUUGCAAUGGCAGUUGAUGACACAUCCACAUGUCCCCCAACAGGCAGCACUUUAUUUAGCAGCUUCAUGUCCAAUACUUGCCAGUCAAUCCGCCAAUUUGCCACUGCACUAGUCACUCAGAAUCAUCUGCUUUCCACUGCUGCGGGUGCUGAAUUGAGGGAGGCUAUGCAUGACAAGCAAGCCUUUACCUCAGCUUCAGGUAUAAAGGGCACAACUGAUGUUCUGAAGCUUGAGAAGGUUAAUCCGCAGAAUUAAUUGUCUCUCUUUCAUUCCCACUGUUUUUUCCUUAUUUUCUUCCUCAAAUCCUUUUGAGCAGCAACUCUUUUCCUCUGACUUUACUAGAAUAUGGAGGCUUGUGUUUCCCUUGCCAUCCAGUUUGCAUUGGAGAUAGCCAGAGCACAAAGAGAGUCGAGAGCUGUGCAUGCUGAAGAGUGCAGUGCCAACCAAGCAAUAAAGACUGCAGACGAUGAUUAGGGCUGAGCAUUGGGUACAGGUAUAUUUGAUAUCUGUAGAUAUCUGACUUAUUUGAGUAAAGUACUUUACUUGUAUCUAUGAAAAGGUAAUUAAAUAUUGGAUAUGAAAAAUACGUACUUGCUAAGAUUGGGUAAGUAUUGGUAUAAAGGUCAAUACCUACAUACUUGACUUGCAUAUCGAUCCAUACAUCUUUUUAUUUGUAUAUUUUUUUUAUUGUAUAUAUAAACUUGUGUAUGUGUG